UGAAGAGAAGAUAUACCUCAGGUUGAGAUUGACAGAAUUUGGAUUGUUAGAAAAAUUCAAAAUGGCAAAACUUACUACACGUGCUAAAAGUCGGCAUCAUGAUUCCGGCAUUGGUGAGAGAUUUAUGUAUUUUAAAAAAGAAGAUUUUGAAGCAGACUGGGUGAAAGUUUCCGAAGGAAAGUUCGGGCAUGUGAACAAAGUCAAGCUAAAGCUGUGGCGAGAAAAGUGUGCCGUUAAGGCUUUUACCUCCAGUGAUUACAGGAACAUGGUGCAUACAGCCAAAAUAGGAAAGAUCAAAUUUAAAUACUUGAUGACCAUUUAUGGGCUGUGCAAAGGCUCGUCUGCAUCAGUGAUGGAGUACAUGAGCAGAGGAUCCCUGGAUAAUCUUCUCACAACUCAUACUCUUAUGUGGCCAAAAAAGUUCCAGAUGAUCCAUGAGGUGGCCAUGGGCAUGAACUUCCUACACAGCAUGAAGCCACCUUUCCUUCAUCUGAACCUGAAGCUAUCCAACGUCCUCCUUGAUGAUCACCUUCACGUUAAGAUUUCAGAUUUUGGGAUCAUUAAAUGGGCAGACUUUUCUAACAAGACAGCAUUCAUCGAGCAUUUGGCAGCAAGAGGAAACGUUAACUAUAUCCCACCAGAGACUUUCAGCCAGAACCCUGAACCUCCUACUUCAAAAUAUGAUGUUUACAGCUUCGCCGUUGUGAUGUGGGAGAUUCUGACCCAGAAGAGACCAUACUGUGGAAUGAAUAUGACUGAAAUAUUGAUCAGAGUGACAUCUGGAAAAAGGCCCGGUGUGGACAAGGUCCCAGAUGACAAGCCUCAUGAGUGUGAGGAGAUGAUCAGCUUAAUGCAACAAUGCUGGCACCAAGACUCAAGUGAACGACCAGCUUUUUAUGAGACCGUGAGGAUGACUGAAGCUUUAAGCGAUGUCCUGAAACUCCCAGACAAGAUUCCAGGCAGGGUGAUAAAGAAGAGGUCACAUAAAAUUGAAAAGUUUCAGUGUCUGCCAGCCUUGCAGAGAGGAGAUUCACACGAAACACAAGAAGGAAAUUCAGAUAAAGACAUUGUGUCAUACUUGAAACACAAAGACUUUGAAACCUUCAAGAACGUCUUAAAGAAAGAGCAUGUCUCGAUGCUCUUCAAAGAUGACAACUCACUCCUUCACUAUGCUGUCGCCAGCGGCAACAUUGAAAUUGUUAGGCUGGUGUUAAAUAAUGGGGCAUCAGUGAACUGCAAGAGUGCCAACGGAUACACUCCACUUCUCAUCGCAGUGUUGAAGAAGUUCCACGAGAUCUGCGGCCUGCUUGUGGAAAGCGGUGCUGAUGUCAACCUCGCCGAACAGGACCUGUGGACAGCUCUGCAUUUCGCGUCACAGAGCGGAGACGACCGGGCUGUUCGUCUCUUACUGGAUGCAAAAGCCACGGCUGACGUGAAAGACAAAGAAGGAUGGACACCUAUUCACCUUGCUUCUCAAAAUGGGCACGAAAAUGUUGUGCGCCAUCUUCUCUCUCGCUUGACCGAUGUAGACAUACAAGAAGAACAAUCUGGAAGGACAGCACUCCACACAGCAUGUGAGUAUGGUCACCUGAGCAUAGCCAAGCUCUUACUGGCUAAAGGAGCAGACCCAAACAGGACAGAUAAUACUCAAACCACCUCACUGCACCUAGCAGCCGAGCAGGGGCACUUCAGGGUAGCUCGGCUUCUGGUGAACAGCGGCGCAGAUGUGAAACUCAAAGACAAUCGUAAUUACAGCGCACUGCAUUUCGCAGCACUCCGAGGCUGCACAGGCAUAUGUAGGUUCCUGCUAAGUCACGGCGAGGACGCUGAUGUCAUGACAGGGCAGAAAUGGACACCCAUGCACCUGGCAGCACUUAAGGGACACUCCGAGACUUUGUUAGUUCUGGAGGAGAACGGCGGCUCUGUGGAUGCACAAGGUGAAGGAGGGUGGACGCCGCUGCACCUUGCAUGCCACCACCGGCACGACGAAGUGGUCUCGGUGCUGAUCAAUGCCGGGGUGAACCCAAACGUGGCUGAGGCAGGAGGAUGGAGUCCGCUGCACUUUGCGUGCCACAAUAAAGGCUUUGCCAAUGUGCUCUUGCUUCUUUCUGCGCACACUGACAUCAACGUUCAAAACAAAAGCAAGGACACACCACUGCAUCUGGCUGUGCAAUCAGGCAGCGUCCCAAUUGUCAAAGCCCUGCUGAUGAACAAUGCAGAUAAGUACAUAGUCAACUGCAAAGGAUAUACAGCAUUUGAUUUGGCUCAGCAAGCCAACAAUAAGGAGAUGAUGGAGUUAUUAAAGCAUUAGAACACUAGAUGAGAAAGGUGACCAGUACAGACAUUCAGAUCCCCAAGUAAUAACAAAUAACACCCGGCAGUGAGAGAGGAGAAAAGGGCCACAUCGAUCUCGCCCAUUGAUUGUGUCACUCUGCAUAUGUUUUUUUUUUUUUUUUCUUAAAAGCCUAUUGAUUGAUUCAGGGGCAUUUUCAUAAUGUGAUGAAAAGACAUUCCUCAGGUAUUACCCUGCAGUUGUGAAUGGAUCCUUCUGUGAGCACUUCUUUAAGAUUUGUUAAUAGUUGAAUAGGAGUUCAGAGCACUUCUACAGGAUUAGCUACCAUUCACAGGAAUAUCUUAAUGUGUCCACUCAGAUAACUUCUACUUUCAAGGAAUGAAGGUCAUUCGUGACAUUACAUUCCUUUAACACUACAUAGAGUUUCUGCUCUGACUGCAUUCUUCCCUAUGCUACUUUGCCUCAUAUAGGGAUCCAAUGAGCUACAUGUUAAACUAUAGCAUUGAUUUUUAUUUUUUAUUUUUUCUGAAAAGCUUGUAGUCUUAAGAAAGCACUGGAUGAACUCAUAAAAAAUCAAGACAUUUUCAAAUGAACAGCAGCGAGAUGUGAUUUGAUUUGAGUGAUAUAAACGCUUACUCACCACAACUGUUCAUAUGAAGCAAAUUGGUCUUAAUAGGAAGUGUGAGAACAUGUUGAAACGUGCAGUGAAUAUACAUAGAAUCAGACUCAUAGCAACUCCCGUACCAGAGAAAUCCUGCUUUUAUUGGGCUGGCUCAGAAAAAGAGCUUUAUAAGAGCAACAACAAUCAAUAAAUUUGCUAUCUCUCUGUUUGCUUAAUGGAAGAUCAAGCAUCAAUCAUACACCACGUACAGCCUCCUGCUACUGCUACUGAUGUGCAGAGAGAAGAUGAGCUGAUAGCGUAGAAGAACCAGAGCGAGAUUAGUUUAUAAGAAAAGAGAGAAGGCUGUAAGUUAUAACUAUAAUAUGUAUGAUACACCACCGGCUUAUCUCAGAAAGUAAUAUAAUGUGAGUCACGGUAAGAUUUUAUGGACAAAUGAUGUUGGUGUAGUUUCAUUAGUUCAGAAGUAAUUUUCUCACUUGACUUAUUCGUUUCUAUCCACAAAGACCACUCAGACGAAAGUGCUCGUUCAGUCCCUUGUCAUUUCCAGACAGCACAACUGCAACCUUCUCUUACAGGUCCUCUUCUAAGCUCUGAGAAUGAUCCAGAAUGAAGCUGGAUGACUUGUUUUUCUUGCAUUGCUACAGAUUUAAAACUCUGAUGCUUGCCUGCAAAGCCUGAAACAGGCCACAACCUUUUACCUUAAUGCAUAUCACCACAUUCCAUCUGAUCUUCUAGCACUGCUCGACGGGUUCCACCAUCUCUCGUGGAACAACAAAGGUACUGUACGAGAGUUUUUAGGCUGACGGCGUUCUUGGUCUGUGAUCUACUUCUCUUUAAAAGUGACAAGAGGACAUGGAGUGAUAUUUUGUCCAUUAUCAUCCUCCAAAGAAAUAAGAUAGAGCAAUCAAUACUUCAUAUAAUUUUAAUGUACUUUUCUUUAUUAGCUUUACUUUACAGCUAGAGCCAACUUCAUUGUUGAAACAAGCCUUAACAACGUUCAAUUACAUGACAUUACAAAACGGGUGUGCCAGAAACGAGGAGAGGACAAGAGAGUCAACUAAUUAGCUGCAUUGUACAGUAUAUUAGACGUUUGUUUAUUAAGUGUAACUUUGUAAUGUUUUCUUUGUUCACAUUAAGACUGGCAUGAAAAUCUUUAAUAAUAAUAACAAAACCUAAGCUUCCUGAUGCUCAUUGACAAUUUCCCCCAAGGAGAACCAGAGCUAUUGAUUGUGUCGAGACUGUUGGCUUUAGUGAGAGGCUUGCUUUAUUAUUCUUGUCAAAUGCUAACUAGAUGCCCUAUUAAAUCACAGCACCGUCUAAAAGUCCA